UGCAGCCAGUUUGCUACUGGGAGCCCAGUUGACUCCCGAUAAGGGAAGCGCAAGCCGAAGAGUUUUAUGCCCUGUGAUGGUCUCGACCGAGCUCGCGACUUCAUGUGCCCCAGCCGCUACCUGCUAGCUGACAGGAUGUAUUCGCUAACUGAUGAAGGUUUCAGGGUUUAGUGAUGCUAUGGUUGGACGACUCAUGGAGAACCUCACACCCGAUCUCGACUCUGUCACUCAACUUCUGAGUCUGAAGGAACCCGCCCGUCGCGGCGCCCAUACGCCCCUCCGUUUCUCCGUCUUCAACUCCUCCGGCGCCCGCAGUGAAGAAAGCAUCCCCUUGAUGCCCCAGGGGGAAGGCUCACGCCCUUGCGGAGCGCAGACUACGCUACACGGACAUUUACAUACCGGACGCUUGAGAACCUCCAGUCUGACCAGCGAUGGGUCAAGUCAGAGAAGUAAAGGCGUGGACUCCGGAAACAGCUCUUUGAUAGACAGCAGUUCGACGGACAGCUACCCUGACCUGGGUGGGGGUCGGUCACGUACGACCAGCACGACCAAGUACGACCCCCAGUUGUUAGACCGAUACGCUCCGUUCAACAGCGACGACACGGUGGAGGAUUACCCCGAGACGACGUUUGAUCAACAUGAACCUUUGCUAAACGUGGACACAUUAACGCCAGAAGUGUCUGCUGGCGUUUCGCUUCAGAACGCCAACUCUGUUUUGUAUGUAGGCGUGGACAACGACGUCAAGAAGGCGGCCAAUGUAUCCAGCGCGCUGUUGGUCCGGUCUGGAAUCGAACCCGGUACCGCCGGCGGUUGCGACUGUCGCACCGCAUCAUCGUCUCAGAACAGUUUAUGUUCUUCCGGAAGUGGGAAAAGACAAUGCUCCCCGGCAGACGAGGUAUCGCUGAUCGAUCGCUCACGAAGUCCAGCAACUCCUGACAUGACUACAAGUCCGGGUAAUCUCCCCUUUCUCGACCACAGUCGAGCCAACGACAUGGACGUGACUCUGUGUCCGGACAGCCAAACUCUGUUGCAUGUUAUAAACACCCCCAGAUCACAACAAUGUCUUAAAGGUCUCUCGCGCUCUUUAUCCGCCGGUAACAUCACCAGCCUUACCACGUCAGGCAGCCACCUCCUGGAUUUUUCUAAAUUCCCCGGCGCUCGUCACCAAGACGGACAUCUUCAAAACACACCUCAUUCAUCAGACUGCAGCAAUAAUAAAACUAACCCCACGUCGUCGUAUCAAAACUCUUAUUUUUACGGCGACUCGCCAAACGCCCUUCGCGUGUAUAACAGCACUCAGCCGGUGACCAUGACCCCUAGACACCCAGACAUGAGCGUGCCUGUCCACCAACACGACAAAACCUCACCUGGCCAAACAUCCGCCUCCAAUCAAAUCACCCCCUUGACCGGGAACUCAAGAAACGGUAUCGGGAUAAACUCUCACUCUUCAAACAGCGCCCCUUCGGCGAUAACGCACUACAGGCCAAAAAUUAUUCCAGACUUAAAAUCCGUGCUAGGUCACGGCGCUCCGGUCGCCAACAGGAACAAAAACGCCGGGAAAGGCCACGCCACGGAACCUCUGCAGGUUCUUGUGCCUCGGAUGUCGCCUGACGACUUCUACCCUGUCAGUUACAUCCCUUCCAACUACCACCAAACGUACUCACACACGGGUCACAACUUCGAACCUCGUCCGUCUCCCAGCUACAACUUCCAUUCGCAGAACCACACGCCUUUUUUCGACGAUUUACCUGAAGAUGCUGUAGCACUCAACAACGUUGACAGUCGUUUCGCUAAAGACGUUCACCUAAACACCAACCGAAAUCCAUUCUCCGACAUUCGUCGUUCCCGAGACUGCCCGAAUCAGAAACAGCUAUGUCACCAGGUAUCCUUAGAUCACGGCCAAAGGCACCCCCACCCCGGGUGUGUUAGAUACACCCGCAAUUGUGAAAGCGACCCCGCGGGUGUCUCGGACAAGAAAAUCACCCCCAGCUCCCCACACGUGUAUGAUUCAGCAAAUGAAAACAAACCUAGAAUAACAUUUGAGAACCUUCCGUUGAAGUUCUGCUGCAGAUCUGACGCAUGCUCAUCCCAGCAUCAGUGUUUAGCUUCACCAACAUCCGGCUUCUCAACUAACCUACCAACUUCCGGUUUCUCAACUAACCUACCAACAUCCGGUUUCUCAACUAACCAAACAACUUCCGGUUUCUCAACUCACCAACCAACUUCCGGUUUCUCAACUAACCUCCCAACGUCACCGCGAGAGCGCGGAGUCUGGCCGGAUAUCUGUCACCAAAAUUACAACCCUGGGCUGCAGACUGACACGUGUAAGCGGGCCAACCCCCCUCAUGUCAACCCCCCUCAUGUCAACCCCCCUCAUGUCAACCCCCCACACGUCCCAGAACCCGUGAGGUAUGAGGACGACAAUGGAUACAAGUCUGGGAUGGUGCUCAGCAUCCCCCUCUCGUGUUUCGAGCCGGAUUUCUUAGACCCCAACUACGACGAGAACGCGCAAAUAGACCAGCACCUGUCCACACCCUCCAGUCUGGACAGUGGUCAAGCGAGGAGCGGUGAAGACAAGACCAAGACCGCAAGUCAGCUGGGCCUGCUGAAGGCAGGAACUAGAGACAGAAGAGCCCUGAUUGGUAACGCUAGCAGAGACAUCCCAGACUACCGAUUCCUUUGCCUUGUCGCCGCCAUCUUUAACCCCCUCCUGGGGUUGAUCGCCUUCCUCCUCAACUCGUCUGCCCGCCGGAGCUACCUCAGCUACUGCUACAACCGCGCCAACAACCUGUACCUAGCCACCAUCACCGUCAGCACUUCCGGCAUCUUCCUGACGCUCAUCGGCCUGGCCUUGCUGGUGGCUCACCUGGUCGCCGUCAGCAAGCCCGGCAUGCCGGACGCCGGUUUGCCGGUCGUGCCGGAGUCGUGCCGGGAACAGCUCGUCGGCUACGACGACCACCUGAUGAAAUUCUACAAAAUCGACCUUGACCUCUUCUGCAAGGUCGCCGCGCACGAUAAAAUGAUCAGCGCUCUGAAGCACUACCAGCUCCUACACAGUCAGGUGACGUCACGGAUCGGGGUCAAGGCCGAGACGCCCGUCAACAGCACCUCCCCCGCGUUGAACAGCACGGCCGCCGACGACGAAAAAGCAAUAUCCACAGAGGUCGACACCAUCAUCAACGCCUUGGAAUCGACGCCCAAACCGGAUCCCGUUUUCAAAAACGAGACUUCGGAUCCGAAAACGGAAACUCCAUCCGGAAGCGGUGUGGAGAAUCCGGGCAUCAGCCUUCCGCUGGUGCCGGCGAAGCAAGGGGUGCACUCCCACAACACGAUAGAAGGGGACGACGACCUCAACAUCCCGGCCGGGCUGGAGACGGAGUUCGACAAGUUCCAGAGCGGCGACAUCCGGUCAAAGCUGUCCCCGGAUAAACAGGAAGUCACGAGUGACCUGGACACGCCCUCGGGACUACCGCCCUCGUAUCUCAAUACAACAUCCGCAGAGGUAUAACACACCACCCCCUCAUAUCUCAAUACAACUUCCGUAGAGGUAUAACACACUACUUAUAUCUCAAUACAACAUCCGCAGAGGUAUAACACACCACCCCCUCAUA